CCGCCGAUCGGGCUCGGGUGGCAGCGGGGAGCUCCGGAUCCCGCCUGGCCUCGGCCUGCAGUGCCCAUGCCCGCCGCCCAGCAGAAACUGCAGCGCCCUGGUUUUCCAUGCGCCCGAGAGCGCCUGUGGACAGAGAGGGGCUGCGUGGUCCAGCAGACCCUGUGUAGCUAAUGGCUCCCAGGAUAAUGCUGCUGUCCUGCUGCAGAGCCAUGCCCAAGAAUGAUGGCACCAAAAAGCCGGCGCUGGAGAUGGUGCCGGACCAGCGCUGGAAGCUACAAGUCUGCUACCUCUGCUUCUAUGGCUUCAUGACACAGAUCCGGCCCGGGGAGAGCUUCAUCACCCCCUAUCUGCUGGGGACCGACAAGAACUUCACAAAGGCAGAGGUGACCAAUGUGAUCACACCGGUGCUGUCCUACUCCUACAUGGCCGUGCUGGUGCCCAUCUUCCUGCUGACAGACUACCUGCGCUACAAGCCCGUGCUAGUGCUGCAGAGCCUGAGCCACAUCUCCAUCUGGCUGCUGCUGGUGCUGGGCACUUCCGUCCUGGCCAUGCAGCUGAUGGAGUUCUUCUACGGCAUCACCAUGGCUGCCCGCAUUGCCUACUCUUCCUACAUCUUCUCCCUGGUCGCCCCGUCCCGCUACCAGCGGAUGGCCAGUUAUUCCCGCUCUGCUGUGCUCCUGGGGGUUUUCACCAGCUCCGUGUUGGGCCAGCUCUGUGUCACCUUGGGUGGUGUCCCCUUCCUCACCCUUAACUACGUCUCCUUGGGCUUUGUCAGCUUCGGCCUCAUCCUCACCCUCUUCCUUGAGCGGCCCCGGCGCAGCCUCUUCUUCAAUCGGCCCGGGGGGGCUGAUGACGCCGCUGUGCCCACUGAGCUGGACAGGAUGGCUGGGGGGGACAGCAGGAGGGGGACACGGGGCUGGAGGGACAUGGUGCUUUGCCGGAUGCUGCAGGAGCUGGGAGCACUGGCCCGGCAGCCCCAGCUCCGCCUCUGGUCCCUGUGGUGGGUCUUUAACUCAGCUGGGUACUACCUGAUGCUGUACUAUGCUCACAUCCUCUGGAACAAGAUCUCUCCUACCACAGACAACCGCCGGGUGUACAAUGGAGGCGUGGAUGCUGCCUCCACUCUGCUGGGAGCUGUCGCCUCCUUCGCUGCUGGCUACGUGAAGAUCCGCUGGAAGCUGUGGUCAGAGCUGGUGAUUGGAGUGGUUACGGCAUUCCAGGCAGGAUUGCUCCUGCUUAUGAACUCCACCACCAACAUCUGGCUGUGCUAUGCUGCCUACAUCCUCUUCCGUGGCUCCCACCAGUUCCUGGUGCCCAUUGCCAUUUUCCAGAUUGCUACCUCCCUCUCCAAAGAGCUCUGUGCUCUGGUCUUCGGGGUCAACACCUUCUUCGCCACAGUGCUGAAGACUGUCAUCACCAUCAUCGUGGCUGACAAGAGGGGCUUAGGCUUAUCUGUGCAUCCCCAGUUUUAUGUGUAUUUUGGCUACUUCACCCUGCUGGCCGUGGUCUACCUGCUGGCAGCCAUCGGAGUGGGUGUCCAGCACAGCCACCACAGGCAGCCAGUGGAGCUGGCCCUGGCCAAGAAGCCAUGCCAGCUCCCAGUGGAAAUUCCAGCACAGGAGAAAAGCCCGGAGGUGGGCACCAUACAAGCCUGAGUGCUGGUACCACGACGCUGUGGCCGGCUCUUGGCUCCCCAAGUGAGCAUUGUCAUCGCCACCAUGUGCUUGGUGUCCUGUCCCACUGCUGGUCCUGGCUGCUGUUCUGUCAAGGAUGUAACCACUGGGACAUGUUCUCUGCUUUGUGAGGACAGGGCUGUGCCCCUUCCCAGUCCCCACACACAGAGAGGGGGCAAGAUUCCCAUGGUGCCACUGCCGUGUGUCACACACACAUGGGGUAUGGAUGGGGACCCCAUCCCACUGCAUCCCCAUCAUGGCACAGAGCCAGGCUACAAGAGAAUGUUUCUUUAUUCAGUGCCUUUAGAAAAUGGUUUAUAGGACACAACUGAUGACAAAAAAAAUAUAAAGAUCCACACACUUUAAAUUGUAUUAAUUACACAAAAUACAGUAGACUGUAAGAAAUAGAAACUGUGUGACUUGCACAGCUUUUAUGGUAAUAAUUUCCAUAGAAUAACAAAAAAGCUAGUUACAAAUUU